CCUUGUUUGAUGUGGGAGCUUGUCGGGAAGCCGAGAGGUCUUACUACCCCGUGCAACGUGACCCUGCCUCGGAGGAGAGCCAUUGCGUUAAGCACUGGCGGAACGGAACAACUUGUUGGUGAUAGUGACCUGGGCAAUCGACCCGCACGGGAAGAGAGCACCUCUCGGAGCAAAAGGAAAACCUAAGGCUGGGAACGGCAGAGGGAGAGAGAGACCAUGGCUUCCAUCCCUGACAACCGCAAGCUGCCGAAGCGGGAGGCGGAUCUCUUCAAGUCUAUCCUGAAACUGUACGAGCGGAAGGAGUACAAAAAGGGUCUCAAGGCGGCGGAGGCGGUGCUCAAGAAGUUCCCCACCCAUGGAGAGACGCUGGCGAUGAAGGGACUGACCCUCAACGCCCUGGGCAAGAAGGAAGAGGCGCACGACCAUGUCCGAAGGGGUCUCCGUGCAGACCUGCGCAGUCACGUGUGCUGGCACGUGUACGGCCUGCUCCACCGGUCGGAGCGCAACUACGCCGAGGCCAUCAAGAGCUACCUCAAUGCCCUCAAGCACGAGCCGGAGAACCUACAGAUCCUCAAGGACCUCGCCGCCCUGCAGAUACAGAUCCGGGAAGUCAAGGGUUUCGUGGAGACUCGCCGGAAGCUCCUGGGGCUCAAGUCCAACCUCCAGCAGAACUGGACGGCGUACGCGGUGGCCAAUCACGUGGCCGGCAACGCGGAGACGACCGUGCAGGCCAUCGAUGCCUUCGUCAAGACCCUCAAGGGAGACAGGCACCAGCGGGCGGACGAGCGGUAUCCCCACAGCGAGCUGCUGCUGUACAAGAACCUCGCCCUCAGCGACGCGGGUAUGAUCCAGGAGGCUCUGGACCACCUCGAGGAGUGCUCGGACAAGGUGAUGGACAAGCUCGGGUGGACGAUAAAGAAGGGUGAGCUGCUGCUGACGCUGGGACGACACGAGGACGCCGAGAAGAUAUACAGGGAGCUGCUGGACAGGGGAGAUGAGGACUACACCUUCCACAGAGGGCUGCAGUGCGCGGUGCUGAAGCUGCCGCCCAAGCAGUGCGAGGAGGCACUCAAGCUCAGGGCCUGCGAGCUACCAUCGGGAGCGCUCAGGGCCGCGGGGAAGCUCGGAGAGGCGGAGGUGGAGACGCUCAAGGAGCUUUACCGCGGGCUCAGGGAGAGGUUUGAGGGGAGCCCCGCGGCCGCGCGCAUCCCGCUGACCUUCUUGGAGGGGGAGGAACUCCGCUCGUCUCUAGACGCGUACAUGCGGCGCUACCUCCGCAAGGGUGUACCCUCUCUGGGCACCGACCUUUCCUCCGUGUUCGAGAGACAGGGGGCCCCGCCGUCUGUAACGGCAGGGGGUGACGCGGAUGGGGGAGAGGAGAAGCUGGGGAGACCAUCCCCCGUGGUUUCCGACGCCUUCGAUCUGCGGAACCACCCUGUUCAGCAGAUGGUCAUGGACCUGACGAAAAGUUUUGUUGAGUCUCUCCGAUCGACCGGGAGGUUUCCGACUGCUGAGGGUGAGAAAGACGGGGACAAGGAGCCGGAGGAGACGUUGGCGUGGGCGCUGUUCCUUCGUGCGCAGCUCGAAGAGACGACGGGCUUCCUGCAGGAGGCCUACGAUACGCUUGAGGAAUGCGCCGCGCUCCAGCCGACCAUGCUUGACUUCCUGCAGCGGAAGGGCCGUGUGCUGAGGAAGAUGGGGGCUCUGACGAGGGCAGCUGAGGCGGUAGACUCGGCCAGGAUGCUUGACAAGGCGGACCGCUACAUGAAUAGCAAGGCGACCAAGUAUUUGCUGCGUGCCGGGCAGAUCCCGAAGGCGGAGCAGACGAUCGCUAUCUUCACGAGGCACGAGGGGGACCCUCAGCACAACCUCUUCGAGAUGCAGUGCAGCUGGUUCGAGCUGGAAUGGGCCGAGGCUCAGAUCCGCGCCGGUAAGCCGGGCCUUGCGAUGAAGAAGGCCCUAGCUGUGCACACGCACUUCGAGGACUUUGUUGAGGACCAGUUCGACUUCCACACGUAUUGCAUGCGCAAGGUUACCCUCAGGUCGUAUCUCGGGAUGCUGCGCAUGGUGGACGACCUUCGGUCGCAGAAAAGCUACCGCCGCGCAUCCGCGCUGCUGGUGCGGGCCUACCUCCGGCUGCACGACGAGCGCCCGGGGAGUGGAGGGGGCGGCGGCGGAGCGGGGCUGCCGGACAUGACCAACAUGACCGCGGCGGAGAAGAAGAGGGUCAAGGCCAAGGCCCGGAGGGAUGCCAAGAAAAAGGCGGCGGAACAGGAACUCGAGAAACAGCAGAUGCUUGAUGAGGCUGCCCGUCAGAGCGCCCUCGCCAAAGAGACCGCCAACGGCGGGUCCAAGACGGACGACGCCGGCGGCGGUGGCGAGAAGAAGGGAGGCCACAAUAAACGCCGCGGGAGAGCGGCGGCGGCGCCACCCGUGGACCCGGACCCUCUGGGCCUGACGCUGCUCGAGAAGGACCCCCUUCCCGAGGCCGCGAGGCUGGUCGCGCUCCUGAGCGCGCACGCCGGGGCCUACGUGGAAACUCACCUGCUGGCGUUCGACGUGGCCAUGAAGAGGGGCAAGUACCUGCUGGCUGCCCGGGCAGUCAUAAGGGGCCGGGCCUUGGAGCCCCGCAACCCCGAGCUGCUGCUUCGCACGAUCCAGCUCUACCACGAAGCGCAAGCAACGCCUCCUUCUCCUGGACAACCCGCCGCGUCCGGCGCCCCAGCGGAUGGUUCUAGCACGCCCUCGUCCCCCACGGGACCCGUACCACCAUCCCCGUUGGUGGCACGGGUUCUCGCGGAGGAGGCGGAAUGGUUGCUCGGAACGGGCGGCCUUGCUGGGGCUGUCGCGGAACUGGUAAGGCUCGCCGAGGACGCGGAGACUGGUUCCCUCGGGGCCAGGGUUUGCGCCGCGAAGGCAUUGUCGCUAACGACGGCGGAGGAGGGACGGGAGCAGGCGGUGAGGAUCGUCCGCGAGGGGUUGGGCGGGAGGGGGGUGACUGUCCCCGGGUGCGCCACCGCUGUCGAGGCUGUCCGGGGUAUUGUUGGGGAGGACGGCAGCGCCGCCGUCGACGCGUUGAGAGAAGUCUGCGCCAAGACUUUUCCCAACGCCGAGGUGUUCAAGUCUUUUUCGGCGCAAGAGGUUGUUGCUUCGAGAGGGUGAUUUUUUUGGCCGAUCGCGGGAAGGGGCGAGGAUUCUGACUGUUAGGAUCCGGUUGAGGAACAACAGUAUGUGUAGCGGGUUACCACGUGCGCGGUGCUCGCUGCAUGGCCUGUCUCUCUGUCGCUCUGUGAGCGCAUUAGGAACGGGUCUCCCCCCACCCUUCGCUCGAGUUUUGUAAACGGCUGCAGGCUUUCGGCCUCCGGGGGUUUUGUCAGGAACAACUUUUAUCGUGAGAUGUUUAGGAAGAACCCGAGUGUUGCAGCUUUACUUGCACAGGGUACUCUGUUCACUAGCUCCCACCAUAAACUCUUAAUAGCGGGCUCCCUUCGCAGCCGGUAUUCGAUCGCAUGCAUAUCCAACACACCGUGCCUGCAGUCGUACACGCGAGGUGUUAGUAUAUUGCUCGUCCGGGCGGCAGAGGAAAGCCACAUUUUUGAGACAAAACCGUAAAUACUCAGCCUGCAUUUGUGGAAUGGACCUCACGAUAUCGGCGUUUCGAUUUCACCUAUCGGCUCAGACGCCACUAUUGACGAGAGUGAGCUCCGGUCCGGAGCAAGAUGAACGAGGCAGCUCGAGGUCCAGGACCUCCCGUAGUGUAGCAGGUUGGCACGUGGCGCGGGGGCGGGCGAGUAAUCAAAGAACUGCUUGAACCACGUCACACGAUCCAGUAGCCCUGACCUGUGUGCGAUUGUUUUUUUGUCGCGUCCGCUCCACGAGGAGAGGUAGAUGCUCUACACCUGAACUCGAUCUAUGACAUGCUGGAGAUGAUCCAACCCUUGCGUGGAAUUCCACUUGCUACGAUGGUGAAACCCAGUCGUUUAAGUUUACAGUGAGCAAGGCGCUAGCCUAUUGCGCCCAGCCUCCACAUGGAGAGUGGCGUAUGUGGAGUGACUGGGCGUCCCGGUGGCUCAGUUUGGGAAGUCGCACCUUCCAGCCAUUGAGACGUAGGUUUGAAUACCGAGUGAAAUUGCUCGCUGGGUGCCCGAACAAGUAGAUGACGGCGACAAAGCAUACGACGGCAACUUGUGCACAUAAACUUGACCUCAUGGUAGGCGAAGGGAUACGGAAUUUGUCAAGAGUAAGAAACGCGGUCAAGCACGUUUGUAGUGAGGGAGUGGGGCUAACGACCGUUUGCGUCGCGUGUGAACUCAGGGUGUAUGUAUGCCCGCAAACAAAGAAAGGCCGAAAGGUGCAAAAUC